ACGCUAGUACAUCCAUAAAUAAAGUUAAUUCCGCAUCAGUUAAAAAUAUAAAAAAUACUGUCACAAUAAAACUGAAAAAUUCUAUUAAUAUUUGGUUGACUUAAUCGGAAAAUAGAGUAAUGAACUGUGAACUGCUAAAAUGUUAUUGUAGGUACGCGGUGACGUAACUAGUUCACUAACGUAAGUUACUAGACAGGCGCACGUGAGCAAGAGGAGAAAUCAAAGUUCAGUUGAUCCAGAGAGAGGAACUGUGAAAAUAAAUCGAAUCUAAUGGCAACUCCAGGUGCGUUUAAAGUUUGCUCUUUAAACGACAAAGUCACGCUGAUAACUGGCGCAAGUUCAGGAAUAGGAGCUGGCACAGCCGUGCUGUUUGCCAAACUGGGUGCCCGACUGGCGCUGAAUGGACGCGAUGUAGAAAAUCUCACUAAAGUCGCAAAAGAGUGCGAAGCUUGUGGAGCAGUUAAACCCUUACUAGUGCCAGGAGACCUGACAGAUGAGGAUACUGUGAAGAGGACAGUUGAAGAGGUCAUUGCUCACUUUGGGAAGCUGGAUGUCCUGAUCAACAGUGCAGGAAUACUCGCCAUGGGCAGUAUAGAGACAACAGAUAUGGCCCAGUAUGAUAAGGUCAUGUCUGUUAAUGUCAGAUCAGUGUAUCAUCUCACUCAUCUGUGCGUGCCACAUCUUAUCAAAACUAAAGGCUCAAUUGUGAACGUGUCCAGUGUGAAUGGGCAGCGAUCGUUCCCUGGUGUACUUGCCUACUGUAUGUCCAAAUCAGCAAUCGACCAAUUCACAUGCUGUGUUGCUCUUGAGUUAGCAUCAAAGCAAGUACGAGUCAACUCAGUAUGCCCAGGAGUUAUUAUAACAGAAGUUCACAAGCGUGCAGGACUGGAUGAGGACCAGUAUGCUCAGUUCCUUGAGAAAACCAAGGUGACCCAUGCUCUCGGCAGACCGGGGGAAGUAGAGGAAGUUGCUCAUGCUAUCGCCUUCCUGGCAUCUGAUGCGGCAACAUUUAUAACAGGCGUCAAUCUUCCAGUGGACGGAGGUCGACAUGCAAUGUGUCCACGAUAACACUCUGCCACCAUGAUAGAGCUGCCAUAAAGAAAUAAACAUAAUUGGACCCCAUUUGAAUGUUGUAAUCCUUGAUGUAUUAUGCAAACUGCCCACAUUUAUUUAUAUAUAUACACAUAACACACAUUAACAAAAGCAAGUGCACAUUUUCAUCUGCAGUUAUUUAUUAAUGAGUCACAGUGAUUCUCUCCAAAUUCUGGCAUGUUUACACAGAUGGAAGUAGGAAAACAUUCAUUAUAGAGUUGCAUAUAGUGUUGGAAUACAGCUGUCUGCAAAUGAGGAAGUAAUAUGUUAGCGUUCAAAACUGAAAUUCAGCCAGAGCAGGUAUACUGAAACAAUAUAUUUUAAUCUUUACAAAAGAUAUGUCAAUCACAUGAUGCCACAGCAGCAUUCAAAAUCAGUUUAAUACAUUUAAUCUCCCUUGACCUG